AUGCCGGAUCGGUCUGGAAAGAUUCGAGAGCUGUAUCUUCAGGGGAAGAAACUCUUUCCGCGCCGAAUUAUGGAGGAUAUGUGGAUGAUACUCAAGGAUUACAAAUCGGGGAACUGCAAAAACCAUGUGUUUGAGAUUCCGGACUACAUUGAUGGGAACAAAUAUGUCAAGGUCUCUUUGGAUCUUGGAUACCACAUGCAUGGACAAGGGGCGAAGCUAAAGGUAAUGGGGUACAUCCCAAUUCAGAUUCUCCUAUUGCGUUCGUGGCAACCAAUUACCACCUUCGAAACGGAGUUUGACGAGGCUUAUGCUCGGAACUUGCAAGCCCCUACAGAUGAUGAUAUCAAGGAGCUUGUCGAUAUACGCGAGAAUGCCUACAGGAACUGGAUCGAGAGUUGUGCAAGAGAUUCAGUGCGAGCUACAUUCAUGAGGAUCAAUAUUGACAAACUCAAGAAAGUCAAAAAAAUAAUCGCAUUCGGGAAUGGCUCCUUGUGGUACGGUUGGAAAAAGGAGCCGAAGCUGAUUAGUGACUUCGUGGCCCAGCACGCUGUGAUACAGGAUAUACGGAACUUGAUACAGCAGAGAGCCGGUGAUCAGGGAGUUGCUUGCUAUGCGCAAGAGCCCAAGUACACUCCAGCAGAUGAGAAGGUGCUUCUUGAACAUUUCGGGAUUGAGUCAUUGGAGGAAAUCGAGGCACUCCUGAAAGUCGAUGAGAGUACCCUUGUUUUCGCCAUGAACCAGGACAUACCUCUUCUGCAAAUUCUUGCUGAUAUUUUGACUGCAGAACCAUUUGCCAUGAUCCUUUGCGGUGAGAUUGAUCAAACCGGAAAGCUGGAAGAGUACGAUAGGACGCAGUUGUCUGCUUCGCCAUCGUCUCCCAGAGUCCAAAGCCUCAUGCAAAACUAUGCCGUCCCGCUUGCAAUCAGUGAUACCGACUCGCUUUUCGAAAGUGAGAACAAGACCAGGCUCUAUGUUCGGAAGUAA